CGGAGGAGGAGGUGUUCCUGGUAGCCAUCUUGGAUGUGCGGAGUGAUUGUUUAGCGAGAAGAUUUUUUAUUUUUUUAGAAGAAUAUCCUUUACACCGAAUCGCUAAAGAUUCGCCGGAGUGGGGCGACUCAGGAAAGAGAUACUCCGCAACUCGGGAAAAUAAAGUGAAAGAAGGCAUGAAGACAUCAUCCUAGUCAUCAGUCAUGGCCGAUAAAAGGAAACUUCAAGGGGAAAUAGAUCGAUGUCUGAAAAAAGUAGCGGAGGGAGUGGAACAGUUCGAAGACAUCUGGCAAAAGCUUCACAAUGCAGCCAACGCAAACCAGAAGGAGAAAUAUGAAGCAGACCUCAAGAAAGAGAUUAAAAAGCUACAGCGUCUUCGAGACCAGAUCAAGACGUGGGUGGCAUCCAACGAGAUCAAAGACAAAAGGCAGCUAGUAGAGAACCGCAAACUCAUAGAAACGCAAAUGGAGCGGUUCAAAAUAGUGGAGAGAGAAACCAAGACGAAAGCGUACUCGAAAGAAGGGUUGGGUCUGGCCCAAAAGGUGGACCCGGCCCAGAAGGAGAAGGAGGAGGUCGGCACGUGGCUAACGAAUACGAUAGACACAUUGAACAUGCAGGUGGACCAGUUCGAGAGCGAAGUGGAGUCUCUUUCAGUCCAGACGAGAAAAAAGAAAGGAGACAAGGAGAAGCAGGAUCGGAUUGAGGAGCUGAAGAAGUUCAUUGAAAAACAUCGGCACCACAUUCGGAUGCUGGAGACCAUACUGAGGAUGCUGGACAAUGACUCAGUGCAAGUGGACGCCAUCAGGAAGAUCAAGGAUGAUGUGGAGUAUUAUCUAGACUCGUCACAGGAUCCAGACUUUGAGGAGAAUGAGUUUCUGUACGACGACCUGGACCUGGAAGACAUCCCUCAGACACUAGUCGCCACCUCCCCGCCGGGACACUCACACCUGGAGGAUGAGAUUUUCCAGCACUCCAGCAGCACACCCACCUCCACCACCUCAUCUUCACCCAUCCCUCCCUCGCCUGCCACUUGCACUACGGAGAAUUCGGAAGAUGACAAAAAGAGGGGACGCUCAACAGACAGUGAAGUCAGUCAGUCACCUGUGAAGAACGGAAACCCCUCUUCCUCAUUAUCCUCUUCCUCUUCCUCCUCCUCCUCCUCUUCCUCCUCCUCUUCUUCUUCCUCCGUCUCGGGACUGACCUCAUCCUCACUUGUCUCUAUGGCAACCAUCGCGGCAGGAGGGCUCAGCAGCUCUGGGGGCAACAGUCAUCACGGCAGCUCGGGGGGUCUCCUCUCCAACACUUCCGCUGGCAGCUACAGCAAUGCCACCCAGCAGCAGCCGCACCCGUCAGCACAGCAACAACAGGCCAAAAACUUAGUUAGCUCCACCUCCUCAACUCCAAUCUCUAUCCCCAUCACCUCCACCAACAGCCAUCUGGUCUCUUCUGCCCCCUCUCCACCCAACGCCAUCACACAGGGGCUCUUCACUUCAACCUCCCAGCCCCAGUCUCUGUCCGGGCACACACCAACCUCCAACAGUCUUGGCCUCAGUCUGGGCCUCUCGCUGGGGAAAGGCGGCAUGUCCAGCUCGAUCACCACCAGCCCAAUGUCCGGGAGCCUUGGCUUGUCAGGGAUGCCGGCAUCCCUGAGCACCAUGGCGAGCCUUCUGUCGGGCUCCACCCCGGCACCCUACGCUCAGGCAGCUGCCUCAGGAGCAAUCGGCUCUGGCCUGCCUGGCUCUCUUGGCGGCAUCGGCAUCAGCCCCACGACAACCAACAGCACAGUGGGCUCCAUCGGCAGCGGAAGCAUCACAGUCGGCGGGCCGACGUCCUCAACAGGAGGUCUGCUGGGCCCAGCUCCAGGGCUGACCAGUGUCGGCUCAGGGAUUCUGGGUCUGAGUUCCGUUCAGUCAGGGGUGCAGGUGUCUUCCUUGGUGUCACUGAGCCCAGUAGGAGGUUUAGCGCCAGGUAGCGGAGUGGGAGUCAUUGGGAGCAACGGAGGCAGCUCGGGAUCAGGGGGGAGCGGAGUGGUGGGAGGAAGCUCGUCACUCUCCAUCAGGCCGCCAAGCCAACAGAAGCAGAACGGUAGCACUAGUUACAGCGCUGUGGUAGCAGACAGCACAACAGACUCCGCCCUCACCAGUGCCAGCCAAUCACAAAGCAGCCAACCCUCAUCUUUGACCUCCACAGCCAAUCAGCCUAAGGACACUGGUCCCAGUUUACUGGGCUCACUAAGUUUGUCAUCCAGCUCCCCGUCGCCAGCCUUCUACAGCGAGGCCAAAACGGUGAGCGGCGGCAGCCUUCUGAACGGGCCACUGUCCUACUCACAGUCCUCCGACAGCAUCAAGCCCCAAGAGCCUCUGAGCAGCCUGAAGUCCAUGGCCGAGCGAGCAGCACUCAGCUCAGGGAUGGAGGGAGACAUGCCCUCCCUGCACCUCACCCCAGUCUCUGUCUCCUGCUUUCUUUUUUCAGACAUCUUUCCCAGCAGCACUACGGCCCCCUCAGGCCCCCCGUCAGCACCUCAGCCCUCGCAGUCAGAGGUCAGCAUCCCCCCAUCGUUGGGGGUCUGCCCGCUGGGGCCGGUUCCCCUGUCCAAAGACCAGCUCUACCAACAGGCCAUGGAGGAGGCAGCGUGGACACACAUGCCCCACCCGUCCGACUCCGAGAGGAUCAGUGAUGUCCCACUAACCAUCCCCCUGUGUGGAUAUUACAGGCAGUACCUGAUGAGGAACCCGUGCCCCACCCUGCCUUUCCACCACCAGGUGCCACCGCCCCACUCUGACACUGUAGAGUUUUACCAGAGGCUUUCCACAGAAACUCUCUUCUUCAUCUUUUACUACCUGGAGGGCACUAAGGCCCAGUAUCUGGCAGCCAAAGCCCUGAAGAAGCAGUCAUGGAGGUUCCAUACAAAGUACAUGAUGUGGUUUCAGAGGCACGAAGAACCCAAGACCAUUACAGAUGAGUUUGAGCAGGGAACAUACAUUUACUUUGACUAUGAGAAAUGGGGCCAGCGGAAGAAGGAAGGCUUCACGUUUGAGUACCGGUACCUAGAAGACCGAGACCUCCAGUGACCUGCAGAGAGGAAGACCGACAUACAGACAGACAAGCAGACGGCUGAGGAA